GUCUGGACUUGCCAAAUAUACAGAACGCCAUUCGCCAUGGUCUACUACUUUACGUCGAAUGUGGUGCAGCCGUCUGCCUACAUUUAUAUGGGGAAGGACAAGUUCGAGAACGAGGAUCUGAUUAAAUAUGGGUUGGAGAAGGAUGUUUGGUACGGCUUUCCCAAAUCUGCCUUCCACGUCGAUAACCUGUCGAGCGCACACGUUUACGUCCGGCUCCGCGAUGGCGAAUCAUGGGACAACAUCCCGCAAGAGCUCCUGGUAGAUUGUGCCCAGCUUACCAAGGCAAACUCAAUCGAGGGAAACAAGAAAGAUAAUAUUACGGUCAUCUAUACCCCUUGGUCGAAUCUAAUGAAAGAUGGCUCCAUGGCAACGGGUCAGGUAUCGUUCCACAACCACAAGCUGGUUAAGAAGGUUUUCGUUGCACAGCGGGAGAACGCCAUCGUGAACCGUUUGAAUAAAACGAAGGUUGAGAAGUACCCCGAUCUGCGAGCGGAGAAGGAGGACUACAAGAAAAUGCUUCAAAGAGAGGAGAGAAAGAUCCGCGAGGAGAAAAAGAACAGGGAGAAGCAGGAGAAGAGGGAGCGGGAGCAGUUGAAAUGGCAAAAGGACCAUGCAUAUGACGACUUAUUUUCGGAGGAGAACAUGGAGGCCAGCAACAACCAGGAUCGGGAUCCGAAUUUCCUUGAUGACUUUAUGUGACGGAUGUCCCUACCACUGCGAUACAAUAUACCCCACUUUCGAUACUACAACUUACCUCACCCGAUCUGGCAUUUUGAGGGCGCAUUGCAAGCGACGUGAGUGUAUAGUCAGGCCAAUGGUAGUUGUAGAAAAUAUAAUGUAAUCCGCAUAGUU